UUUAUCUUGGUUUGUCCUAGUCUACUUGACAACAUUGUUUAGAAGAAGCUGUAUUUAGUCAACCAAGGCUUUUAUUUUGCCGCUGAAGUCAACAAUCGAAUUUUUAUUGUGAGUUAAAAUGGAGCGGAAGGCCGAUUAAAACUUUACUUGGACGAAAGACAAGGUGGCUUUAAUUUUCAGUGUUAUUUUAGACUACAAAACUGCCAAGUCCAAUCAAGGCUUGGACUGGGAAACACUACAAGCCUUUUCUGUGGUCGUCUUUUCUUCAGAAUUUCCUUUUCUUCAGAAUUUGAGAACGUAGUUACGCCACAAUCAAAGCCUCGAUUACCUGAAACAGCCAUACAAAAGGCCUCUUUGUGAAUCCGUGACAAAAUCGUCUCGGAUAGGUGUUUACACUGUCCCGUUCAAAAACGGAACCGUGACGGUACAAAAUUCGUUCGCUUUCAAAGCAGGGUCAAAACUGUUCCGGAUAGCAGAGCAAAAUCGUCACGGUUCCACAGUGCUAGUAGAGUGUUUAUGAUUCUGGACGCGCCACAUGAAGACGCGCCUGGGGGGUCUAGAAACAAGCGCGGUCGCGACAUCCCCCUUGACAGCAAGAGCGUCUUCACCAAAAGUGAACGUGAAAAAUAGGAAAUCGACGUCCUGUUUUAUCGAAGAGAACUUUGCUAAUAAACGACAACCGAAAAAAUGGCCUAUGAUCGAGGAAAUGCCGAACAGAGAAACCAGACCCAGAAAAUGAAUUGGACUGAUGAGCACAACAACAUGCUUUGCAGAGAAGUUCUUGUCGUAGAGCCUUACAAAUUUAAGAUUGGCUCACGGGAACGUGGUGCUUGUUGGGAAAAGGUGGCAAAUAAUUUAAAUGGUAUUGAACACCCUCUGUUCAUUGUUGAUAAGAGGGCUGUUCGAGACCAUAUUCUUAAAUUGAUAAGGGACUUUAAGAGAAAGAUGGCUGCAGAGGAGAAGGCAAGUGGGAUAACUAAGGAAAUGUCCGAGCUAGAUGAGGCUAUUGAGUCUAUAAUUGGGAGAAUGGAGGGAGCAGAGGAAGAAAUUUCACAAGCUGAUAAAAGUAGGUGUAAAGAGGUGGAGAGAGAGAGAGAAGCAGCAGAGAACAUUAGAAAGAGGGCAAUGGAAAGUAUUAGAGAAAGUAGGGAGAGGGAGACAUCUGAAGGUGGAUUUAAAAAGAAUAGAAUGGAAAGAAAAAUGGAUACAGCAGUUUAUUUGAAGGAAAGGCACGAUGAGGACGUAAAUUUGAGGAAGGCGGAGGUAGAUCUACGAGAAAGGGAAAUACAGUUGAGAGAAAAGGAACAAGAGCAAAAUUAUGAGCUAAAAAAACAGGAGUUGGCAUUAAAAGAAAGGGAAAGGGAAGAUAAAGUGAAGGAAUUUCUAAUCAUGGAACAGAGAGAAACCAAAUUACUUAAUUUGAUUCAGCAACAGCAGUUACUCUUCAGUCAAAUUUCUCAGCAAAAUGUGCAGAUACUCAAUUUGCUGAAAAAUUUGACUGAAAAGUAAUGUGUAACCUUUGCUUUUCUUUGGUACAGAAAAAUGAUUUGAAUUUUUGUAACUUGCCUUAUGAGAUACAAUUAUCCCAUUGGCAACUCAGAAAAAUUUAUCAGCCUGCAUAUAAAUCUAGUACAAUGCUGACAAAUGCUGUUGCCAAUUCUAAAUCUCCAUAAAUUUGCUGUGAUUACAAUAAGUCAUAAGUACUUUCUUUAUCAUUAGUUUCAAAAUAAUUAAUUUCUUAAUGUCACAAAAAUUAUGGUGAUUUGUUAUUCAGUUUCACCUAACUUUUAUGUACUCAGAAAUAUUUUCAAAGGUAAAUACAGAACUAGAUUUGAAAUGAUUUUUAAAGUAAAAAAAUGUUUUAUCAAUAGGCGAACCAUCAAACAUCCUUUAAAGACACAUCAACAAAAUGAAAUAUUUAUAGAAUUUGCCUUAUUGUAACUGGAAAAGAUUUUCAAUGCUAAAAUUUGCAGUGGCAAACUAAUUUUCUUUGGUGGACAAUACAGUUUUUGACUCUAGAAUCCAGAAACAACACAUAAUCACUGAACAUUUAGGCUAAGCUUGAGUUGGUGGAACCUUUAAGCUUUUUUCUAUCAAUUGUAAUCAAAUUGCAACUUAAAUCAUUGUACAAAACACUUUUCAGAUUAGUCUGAUAACUCAUAUUUGAAAGGGGUUAAACAGGCAAAAUUGAUGAUUAUGAUACAUUGUUGUGGUUAUUGAUUUGUAAAUUUCUAAAAUAUCACAAUUUGGCCUUGGGUACUUACAAUUGACAUAUCUGCUGUGAAAUGUUAUUUUUUUCUACAUUCUAUGACCAUUGAACUAUCACCUAUUUCAGUUUGUUAUAGUUUCAGAUGGAGAUACAAAAUAGGGAUAUAGGCCCCCUUGUAAAAUUUUUAUAGUGUUUUUCUGUUUUCAUGAUUUGAGAAAUUGCCUAAAACAAUGCCAUGACUUGUCGUGUGUGUACAGGUCUUGGUACUAUUGGUGGCUUUUAAAAAAGCCGUUUCUGUUGUCUUGCGAAGAUGAGUAAAGAUGAAUUUGUCUCCUCUGCCAGAAUCUUUGUUGAUAUCUCGAAAAUCAACCUUACCUAAAAUAUUCAUCAAUGUUUGGAGGUUUCACAUUGAAGAAUGUUGAUGUUGUGGAGCCAUAUAAACACGUCAGAGCAUUUCUUAAAAGGGCACAAACUACAUAGAUUUUCCCAACAGCACUCAUUCCAAUUUUAAGGUUUUUCUUAAAAUCUAUAAACUUAAAAUAGUUUGCAAUGUCCCCAAAAACCCAUUCAACAGCAACACGAACCCUACUCAUUGAGGUAUUAAAGGCUUGUUCGUCUUCUGUUAAAGGUCUCCUUCUUAUGAUAGGACAUUGCAGGUGAACCCUGUUUGGGUAGGCAGGAUCACCAUAUAUGCAAAGGGGCUGCCCUUCUUCAGAGAAAGAGUGCUGUUCAAGUUGGCCUAAUAACCCUGACAUAGCAAGCAUACCACUGUCAUGCCUGCGUCCUUCAACGGGCCCAAAAAGAUUCGCAAUAAGGCCAUUCGGAGCCACAACAGAU